AUGCAGGCUUCUGCUCCAGCAAUUGAUGGGACGGACGACAUUCUGAAGAGCGCCAUUUACCCUACAGCAGAAACCCCGAUCUCUUCAUUCGAUUCAAAAAGUCUGUCCAGCUUCCCAAGCUCCGUAGACGACGACAUCGACCCAAGUGAUUCACUCCUGGUACUCGCACCCCUGUAUAUACCAGUUUCUGAGAACGAUGAAGCGGCCACACGAGAACAGCCUAGUUUCACAACAAAAAGAUGCAAUCCAGGCGCAUCGUCAAAAACAUGGCGUGACUGGCUCGUAACGCUGUUCGCAGGACGCAAGCCAACCUUGAGCGCACACAACGCUCACAAACGCACCGACAGCUUCGUCUGCAACUCUAUACUCGCUGAGUCUACUUCACAGCCGCCAAAGGCCUCCAAGGAGCAGGCUACCACAAAAGCACCCGCACAGAAGCACAACUUCAACCACAUCACUCCAUGUAAUCACUUACCUCGACUCCCCCUCCCAACAGUCAUUACUUCCAUUCGCACACCCAAAUCCCAUCCCGUCACACACUGCCUAUCCUACACAAAGAUCUCGCCCGCGCCUCUGACCGCAUACACCGGCUACGCAGUGGUAGCGCGCGACGCCUAUACCCCGGAAACAGUGAUCCGCGGCUUCGACGUACCCGGCAGCCCAUGCAUCGCUGCGUCCCCGUCCAAAUCGAACAACACAGCAGCAAAUUUGCUGGACCGCGAUAGAGACGCAUGGCCGCGUUGGAAUAGGCAUAUCACGUCCUCUGCGGAUUUGCCUUUUGCGACGACAAUGACGACACACGCAAGACGUGUGUCUGUGGCUCGACAGUCUGGAGUGGACUCGAGAGACGAAAAGAGGAGGUGCGGAGUCCAUUGGUCAGAGUGUCAGGAUGCGAGUGGAUGCUCAAAUAUUGGGGUGGAGGAGUGGCCGUUUGGCCAGUGCUGUUAUUGGUGA